GUCUGCGCAGCGCGCCCCAUCGUGGCUGCGUUCUGAGAUCCUCGCCCGGCCUCGGAAGGUAGCGACACCUGCGCGAAGGAAGCGAGACCUUUGUAACGAUGGCGACACUGACCGCCUCCCUAUGUCUCCCAACACAAGUGUCUCCCCUACUCCACCAUCUCGACCCUCCCUCGCGUCAUGCAAUGGCGCUCGAGACUGUCCCAGCAACGUCUCCAGCAUCCGACCUCUCCCGCCAGAGGCUUCGUCAGAUCGCGACAUGGAUACGGGAUGAGCUCGACCCCCUCGUCGCUCGCGAAGGCCCGGAUGUUCUCCGCGCCGACGAUGUGCUCACCCUGCACGAAGUCUUUCGGGCUCUGCGAACAUCAACAACACUCAGUGCUUUAGACUUACGAGCCACCGGCAUUCACAAGGCCAUCAUCGAUGUUGCCGGAAUAGCCACGAGAUGGCCAGGGCGACUAGCUGACGAUUGCGACAAGAUAAUCAGUAUCUGGACUGCCAAAUUUGGGCGACUACAGGACCUUCGUCCCUUUCUAUACGGCAGGGGCGGGCGUCUAGAAGGCAUCGCUACUGCAGACGAGUUUUCUAAAGCCGCCCUUCUCAAGCGAUGGCAGCAUAUCUGUCCGGAGAAGAUAGCGCCUGGAAGCUCUCACCGGCAAGGCGACCUUGGAUUCAAGGCUGGUUCCUGGUGGAUUAACCCUAUGUUCGCAUACCAUGCCGGACUUAUUAAUCUUCAUUCGGUUGAAGGCGGUAUCACAUACGAUAAGAAUGGCGCAUACGCACUCUUGCUCAAAGACACCGGCGAGCUUGAUGCCCCAGAUGAGAUGAACUUCACCUAUCGCUGUGGCAGAGGAGACAAGGGAAGGUUCCGUCUCACAGCGGCUACACCAAAGAGUAGGGCUCCGGUUCGGGUCCUUCGCAGUCAUAGUAUCAACAGUAUCUGGGGACCUAAGGCUGGAGUGAGGUAUGAGGGAUUGUAUCGAGUGACUGGCUGGAUUAUUCGCCAAAUGAGGUCGUCCGACAUUGCCGGUCAUGAAUACCGCGCGGGAGAUAUCGUCUACGACAUUAGAUUCGAAAGGGACGACCCUACGCCAAUGAAAGAGGUGAUAGACCGGCCCACGGCAACCGAGGUCGAUGACUACUCAGAGUAUAAACGCCUCCGCAAAGUCCACCGUGAGAUACAUAGUAAGGGAGUUCCCGCGAAAAUAGACGUCAAUGCGAAAACAAAGAUUGCACCGCCAAUCCCGCCCCUGGCCCCUCAGCUUGCUCAACCAAGAACUCUCUCCAAGACGUCGCCGAGCGGGUCGCGUACAGCAACUUUUAAACGCGCUGUGGCUGCAAUUGGAGAGACCCCCGCAAUAUCUCGAACAUCUUCAAGUAAGCCUGUGAGCCCAGGUGCUCCUGCCGCGCUCCCGGAGGAACUGUUUGUCGCUCCAUCGAGAAGUACGUUGGAGGUGCCAGCGCGAACCACCGUACGACCUGUGGCGUACGGACACACAUCUGACUCACUGCUCAGCGACCCCCACACCCAACCGCUCAACUUACAGGAUUCGACUUCGACCGCGAGCAGCAACCGCACAGCCAACAGCCGUACCUCUGACAUCAGGGAGAUUGCUCCUUGGAUAGAAUAUGAUCUCCAGUUGUCUACCCCCGGAUCCGGAAGCUCCCCCGGUGUCGUUCAGCAACAGACGAUUGCACCACGUCCGAAAGAUAUUACGAAGAGUAGAGACCACGGAAUAAACACGCCUCAGAGCGUGCCAUCUAGCGCCGGAGGCAGCCCACGCCCAAGGACACGAAGAGACCAGAGAAGCAAGAGCAUCGACAAGAAACGCUCACUGCUUCUCCUCCCGACAUCUCAGAGCCCGUAUCUCAAGAAGAAAGAGAGCCGCAAGUCGAUCUUCGUGCGCAGUGGCAAUCCGAUGGCAAAGUACUUUGAUGGUGCCGAAGACGAUGGCAGUGAGCAAGACUGCUUCAGCUACAGGUCGCGAUCACGAACGGUGUCCAUCAGCCCCAAACACACCUCACCAAUGGCGCGACGCCGCCAACGAGCGAGUUCUUCUAACGGCAUACUACGGCCUCUGUCGCCCGUCCCCUUGCGACCGGCGAGCCCGAUAAGCCCUCUCUUGCUUGGCGGGAGAGCUGCCAUCAGCAUCCUCCCUUCCGCCUCCGUCGCGGUUGUCAGCACGUCAUCUUUCGAACAAACCGAGUUUCAGCCUUCUGCAGCUGUAUUGAGGGACGAUCCCUUCGUGGCCACGUCCUCGUCGCGGUCUCCUCUACCCCUCCCUGUCUCACUGAGGGAAUACAUCUCGAAGCCCAGGCCCGCCACAGCCGUGAGCACUCCAGCAUCAACGCCCGUCUCUAAGCGAAAUGACAAGGAUGAGCGAGGCAACAAGGCAUCGAUGGCUGCGGAUAGACUGAAGGGACUGAUAUAGGACAUGCAGGUGGUCGAGGUCAAGAUUGCUUUCAAGGACCCAUUUCAAGGACGGAAACGCUAACCCAGCAGUGAGCAGGGCGAGCACUACGG